AUAUUUGACAUGAGGACUUUUACAAUGUUUCUUGUUCAGACGGUGGUGGAUUGAAUUUACACAACAGGCAUGCAUGAAUAUCCCCAACCCACCAAAAACCUGUGCAAGAAGGCAGGUAUAUGAAACUUUAGAGUGGUUUAACUACCUCUCUGCUGGUUCUAACAUCUUUAUGUUGAGGGCAGACGGUAGUAGGCCCUACAUGAAAAAGCAGCCACGAACAAAUAUCAAAUCAGAGAGGGUGAUAUUGAUGGCACUGGUUGGAGUUGGUACUGCUGGCAUGGGAGAGGGGAGGGGGAUGGUGGACAUUGUCCCGUCGGGAGGCGAUCGAUGCUUUCAUCCUGUGAACCCAGCAUGUAACACGGGAGAGCACUCCCAGCACAUAAGCAUACACAGAUUAUACAGGAUUAGAGACAGAAGCGAGCAAAGGAAUGUGGACUGGCACAAGAGGACCUUCCAAAACAUCUUCAUGGGGUAGCCAUGCAGACACUGUCACUUCCUAGAAACACAAUGAAGUGCAUCAAGAGGCAAAAAGGGAUCCCAAACCAGUGAUAUGUAAGUGCUUACUGAAAUAGAUGAUUCAUAGAAUGCCUUUUGUGUUAUGUUAUGCAUAAAAUUGUGCAACACAUGCAUCCGGAGUUUCCUCAGACAGCAUUCAUAGUAACUGUAGAUGUUAAAGUUUUAUUUUUAUAGUGCAAUUUUAUAAAGAAAAGGUUCCUGGCAAAUUUCCAACAAAAUUCUCAGAAAACUACUAUGACUACACCUGUCACAUUUCAUUUGCAUAUUUAUGAAAGGGAAAAUCCACCAUGAUUAGAACUAUCGUGUCAUUUCAGUGGUCAAAGCUCUGUUUCAUUUUGUCCUGUGUUGCACACCAAAGAUUAAGUGCUGGUGGAAAGUCUGUUGAAGACUGUGCAGGGUCAUGAAGUCUUGUUGCAACAGGGAUGUUGCCAUCUGCAGAACCAUCAAGUCUGUGCAGAGACCUAAGCUAAAACUAAAUUCUCACUAUCAACCCUUACUUUAACCAGAGACCUGGCACAGAACGAGCAGAUAGAUAAACUGUUAUUCAGUGAUAUGUUUGUUUCACCAACAAUCCCUCACAUGGUGAAACAUUGUGGUUUUUGUUUCAACUACACAUUUUUCAAGACCAACCGGUUCAAACUGUGAAAUGCUAAAAUCAUUGGAACUAAGACAUUCUUUUCAAUAGACUGUAGAUUGUAGUGAUGAUGUCACCCAGAGAUGACUUCUGGAGCUGGUCUGUGCUACAAAAAUAAAACCCAAGUUGUAAUAAAUGGGCCUUCCGCUUAAAGGAAGACCGACCUAAUGUGUUGUUUGACUUUCUGGGGCUAUCAUGGAACAAGCCAAGGGGGGCAAAAGCCCAUGGGCCAAAUCUUCCACAUGAAGAGAGUUUAUAUUUCUUUUUAGAAAGUCAAAGAGCAAAGUUAAAAGACAAAACGAUCAUAAAUAGACACAAAACAGCUACAAACUAGAAGGCCCCUCAAAGAGCGUAUACCUUUCCAGCCCUAUCUCUCCAUGUUGAGGAAAUUGGGUGAAAGUAUCUUGGAUUUGCUUGUUUAUCUGGAUUGACUCCCAGAUUUAAUGGGUUCUUCUUUGGGCCAUGCCCCAACCCUCCCUAAAAUUUCAUGCAAGUAAUUUCAGUAGUUUUUGUGUAAUCCUGCUGACAGACAGACAAACUGACGAACCAAAAAAAAAAAAAAUCAUUUGUGAAGGUAACAAUGUGCUUGCAUUGCUUGUGUCUCUUUCAGUCAGGGGGUAUAUGGAAGGUGUGUGUUGCCUUCUUCCAUCUGUGUGCAAGGACAAAUUUCUUUCAUAAUUUUUCCGUCUCCACAGUUUGGGGACAUGAAGUAGUGAGAAGCUGACCAUGGGUGACUGGAACCUGCUGGGCAGCAUCCUGGAAGAGGUCCACAUUCAUUCUACCAUCGUGGGAAAGAUAUGGCUUACAAUACUCUUCAUCUUCCGCAUGCUGAUCCUGGGUGCGGCCGCCGAGGACGUGAUCUUUGUGUCUGCGCCCUCACUGGUCUACAUGGGCCAUGCCCUCUACUGCAUCCGAGCACUGGAGAAGGAACGGCACCGCAGGCGAGCCCAGUUGAAGGACGAGCUGGAUGAGGCUGAGUUGGCGUUGGAUGACCAUAAGCGCAUGGAGAGGGAGCUGAGGAGGCUGGACGAGCAAAGGAGAGUGAAGAAAGCUCCUCUCAGAGGUUCUCUGUUGAGAACCUACAUCAUCCAUAUCCUAUCACGCUCUGUGGUGGAGGUCUGCUUUAUCCUGGGCCAGUAUAUACUCUAUGGUGUCCAACUGGAGCCACUCUAUAAGUGUGAGAGGCUGCCUUGCCCCAACAGUGUAGACUGUUACAUUUCCAGGCCCACAGAGAAGACCAUUUUCAUGGUCUUCAUGAUUGCCAUUGCUGGUGUUUCACUUUUUCUCAACAUUCUGGAAAUAUCUCACCUGGGCAUAAGGAAAAUCAAACAGGCGCUGUAUGGACAGAGGUACGCAGAAGAUGACAGUUUGAUUUACAAGUCCAAGAAGAAGGCAUCCUUACCCCACCUUUGUGUAAUGAGCAAUUCAUCACCUCACAACGGGCCUUUGACUCAAACCUUCAAGGUGAUUCCAGAGGUGGAUAUGAAGCUUCCUCAUUACAGCACUGCGCUUAAAGUGCACCAGGAUGCACAGAGACACAACAGUUUAGCUCCUCUGGGACAAAGUCAGACAAGUUAUAUCUGCCCCCAACCUAGGAUGCCACCCAGGUAUGGCCAGAUCUGCACAAUAAAAGCCCCCCAAACCCAUGAUGGUCCAGAGGGUCACACGGCCAUGGUGGACCACCAUUCACCCUGGGCCUCAACUGUAUCCAAUGUAGAGGAAAGUACAACAAGCCACCUUGAAACCCAGGAGAGAGAACACCCUCACCACAGCCAUUUUGAGGGUCUGCUGUCCUGUAACACCUUCAGACCUGGCACUUUCAGGGACCUUGAUGAGGACAAGCGAAGAGAAUCAAUGGGGAGUGAGGUCCUUAUCCCCAACCCGAGAAAGACCAGUUUCAUGAUCAGACCACCCUCUGAGAGCUUGUCCUCUAUCAGUGAUUCCAUGAGCACUUCCUUACAUACCUCAGAGGAGUCAGACGAAUUAGGCUCCCUGCAUGGAGACAUGCCCAUGAUGCCGCCUUCCGGAGGCCGGAGAAUGUCAAUGAGUAUGUUUCUGGAUAUCUCCUCUAUCAUGAAGAAGUGACGAGACAUGGCUAACAUCAUGUCCAUAAGAGCUGUGUUACACAGCUCUGCUGGGUCACAAACAGGGGGCAAAGUGUAUCAGUGAUCCAGCCAUCAACAUUGAUCCAACAAUCAAGUCACAUGGAGCCAAAACCAGUAACAGUCAGCCAUGAUAAGACAGCCAAAGCCCUUAUUUGAGAUACCGUUUUGAAGCACCUUAAAAUUCCUGCAUGUGGGCACUAACAAGACAGAGUGGUGAAAUUUAAAAAAAAAUGGGGACAUCAUUCCAUGUAUCGGCAUAAUUUCUCCAUACUGGAGUAUGGGGCAUUCUCCUCAGAGGAUCUGUGUACUUCUUGCAACGUGGAGUUUAAGUACAUGUCAAAGACUUGAUUAGAAUAUGUUUGUAUGUGUCUGUAUAGUCAUUUAUAUACAGCUAUUUCAAGAGAAAUGACGAUACUUUAUAUUAUAUUCAGAUUAAAUGCUUCUUAACUAAACAGCAGCAUCUUCUCCACAGGGUUUUCAUCAAAAUCCACACA